AGGCGGGGGCUGCCCCUGACAGCCGCGCUACCUGCUACUGCCUCUCAACGGUCUGGACAGAUCGGUAACAGACAUAACGACGAGGUCCUUCUGUUUCCAUUCCGCCGGUCGGCCAUAGAAAUACGCCCUCCUCCACCUUGGGCAUAUUUUUUUUUAUCUUCUAUUAUUUUUCCAUCUCCAGUCCGUCCCUCACCCACCAUGGCGGCGAGUGCGAAGAGAAAGCAGGAGGAGAAGCACCUAAAGAUGCUCAGAGAAAUGACGAGUAUGCCUCCCAACAGAAAGUGCUUCGAUUGCGACCAGCGCGGCCCGACCUACGCCAACAUGACGGUGGGCUCCUUCGUCUGCACCUCCUGCUCUGGCAUUCUACGAGGACUCAACCCGCCCCACAGAGUCAAGUCCAUCUCCAUGACAACUUUUACACAACAGGAAAUUGAGUUCCUACAGAAACAUGGCAAUGAGGUAUGCAAACAGAUCUGGUUAGGCCUUUACGAUGACAGAACAUCCUCCACACCAGACUUCAGAGAACCUCAGAAAGUCAAGGAGUUCCUUCAAGAGAAAUAUGAGAAAAAGAGAUGGUAUGUGCCUCCUGAGCAGGCCAAAGUAGUGGCAUCGGUCCAUGCAUCCAUCUCUGGCUCUUCAAACAGCAGUACCAGCAGCACCCCAGAGGUCAGACCGCUCAAAUCAUUGCUGGGAGAGUCCGCACCUUCCCUGCAUCUCAAUAAAAACACGCCUCCUAAUCAAUCUCCUGUGGUGAGCCGUGCACAGGUCCAUCAGCAGCAGCUCCAUGACAAGAAAUUUGACCUCCUCAGUGACCUGGGAGGAGACAUCUUUGCUGCCCCCUCCAAUCAGAACACAACCACCGGCGUCAACUUUGCUAACUUUGCACAUUUCAACAGUCAUCCAACAGCUCAGAAUGCCAACGCAAACGCAGAUUUUGCAAACUUUGAUGCAUUUGAGAGCGCAUCUGGCUCGACGGCUGUCUUUCCCUCUGCUCCCCAAGCCCCUUUCCAACUCUCAAACACAGGUAGUGCCUCUGGGGGAGUAGCAAAUGCCAAUUUUGCAAAUUUUGACAACUUCCCCAAAUCCUGUAGCGCCGACUUUGGAUCCUUCAGUUCCUCCUCCCAGAGUAACUCCACAGGGGUGGCCAGAGAGGCUGUAGAGAGUACUAGCGGCCCUGCUGAUAGAUAUGCAGCCCUGGCCGACCUGGAUAGCAUGUUUAGCGCUACCAAAACGGAGCAAGGAGGUGGUGUUCCUGUAGGGGUGAGCACAGGCCUGGCGUCAACAGUAGUUGGGGGUCUCCCUCACAGCAAGUCAGCUGCAUCAACUGGAGGAGACCGCUAUGCAGCGCUAGCUGAGCUCGAUAAUGUCUUCAGCUCCUCAGCCCCCUCUACAAGUGUCUACAACACCACCAGCACCUCGCAAGGAGGAGCGUUUGGCUCAGGAACAGGGGUGUCGUCAGCCCGGGCACAACAGACACUACCGAACAUGGCCCAAGGGUUUGCUGCUUCAUCGACUAACCCCUUUGUUGCAGCGGGGGUUUCCCCGGCAACAGCUCCCACCAACCCCUUUCAGAGCAAUGGGAGAGCAGCGGCGGCAGCGGCAGCAGCAGCUACAUUUGGUACUGGCUCCAUGAGCAUGCCAGCUGGAUUUGGGAAUGCUGCAGCCUAUAACCUCCCCACCAGUUUUAGUGGAACCUUCCACCAACCUUUCCCUGGCCAGGCUCCCUUCCCCCAGCCUCCAGCAUAUCCCCAGCAACCCAAUGGUGGAGGGUUUUCAGCCUUUGGCCAGGCUAAGCCUGUGGUGGCUCCCUUUGGGCAAGCAAUGGCUGGACCUGGUGUCUCCAGUAACCCCUUCCUGGCCGGAGCUCCAUCUGCACAGUAUCCCACAGGAAACUCAACAAACCCCUUCUUAUAGCGCUCCAUCCAAUCAGCACCAUUGCAGGGUCAACAACCAGGGGCGCUUGCACCUCAUGCACUGUUUUGUUUCACACAUAGCUUUAAACCACAAUGUUUGUAAGAAUUUGUAUUUUCUAUUGUAAUUUGAAAAGAAUUGCAACAAUAACAAAGGCAGUGUUGUUGAUGGUGUCCAUGGCAACAAAAUGAAAGAUGAUUGUGUGCACAGGGGCAGACGUUGAGCCGCUUUUGUCCUCUAUUAAACCUGUGAACUGGCCUGGCCUCUACUGAGCCACAGUGUGUUUUCAAACUGGCUGAUAACUAAGUUAUUACAGCUACCCCAUUCAUUAUGCUGCAAUUCUGUUUUGUUUUUCUGUAGCAGAAAUUAGCUCUUUGUGCAUAUCAGUAUUUGUAUCCAACACACAAGAAUUGUAAAGGCAAAGAUGUUACUCAGAAAAACUGAGGGGUACUCCCAGUUAAUGUAACAGUAAAGAAACCAAAAGCAGUUUACUUGUGCAUUAUGGUUUUAGGCGAGUUAUUUUUUACUGGGGGGGGGGGGAAUCACAUUUUCCAUUUAUGAGAGAUGAAAUUGCAAUUCCUGCAUCAGAGAGUGGCGGGGCACCCUUUUCUCUGCCAUCCUCUGUUCUACUAGUAGGGACCCAGGUUCCCAAAUGCAUUUUAGGGCCAGGAUCAUUUGGCUUGUAAUCAAAUGGGCUAAGGCAAUCUCAGUGUUAAUAGGAUGGUUUUGGUAAACCAAAUCCACAAGGUCAACCAUAAGGACUGAUGAAACCGAAGACCACUUAUAUUGGGUAUCAGAGAAUUUUAAGUUAACAUGUAAAUAUAUAUAUAUAUAAAUAUAUAUAAAAGAAUUUUAACUAAGAAAUGACCAAACCAUUCAUUAAUAUUGCUGUACAUCAUCUUAUGUGUAAAUGUUUGUUUUUUUUUUUAUAAAAGGA